AAUUCAACGGUUGAAUUUUAAAAUCCCCUCAAAUCACCCUGGCUGGGGCCUGAAAUUCCUCCGUGGAACUUGUUGCUCUAAAACUAUGUUCCACAUCCGUAAAGCAGCUAGUCUGCUCGAGGAACCACAACCAGCAAGUGAUUUUAUACCGUUUUAGAAAACAAGAAGCUGAAAAUCCUUAUUACGAGGUUGAGCAUUUCGAGUGACGAGUCAAGAAAACUCCUUUGAUCCCCGGGAUCUUUGGCAUUUCCGUGUUUCUGUUUCACCACGCUGGUUGCUCUUUUUUUCGACAAGCUCUUAUAUACCUCUCCGAAUGACUGUGUCUUCUUUUUGAAUUUGGUGUAACUUUCGCUUCAACACUCUUCAAAACAGUGAUCCACUUGCCUGAUAAUGAACAAAAUUAUUUUGGUGACUUCAUCAAACACUCUCAAAGGACUCGCUCUGAUCACCUUUAUUGCCUUUACUCUCACCAUAUCCACCACAAAUGCUUCUCACGUGGAUGAGGGAUCGCGAUCCAAGGAUCAAGGAUCAUCGCUGCCCAGAGAGAGUUUACGGCUUCAAGCGAGAGCCGACAGGAGAUAUCUCGAUCGUUUGAGCGACAAAUUAAAUGGACUCCACCCUCCACCACCACCAUCUCCUAAUUCAUUCAAUGUACAAAAGAUGAGAGACACCACGACCACUUGGAGCAAGCGGCACUCCCUCUCCCGUCAGAGGCGUGGUCGGUGUAUGACUGACGGACAACUGUGUCUUUUUCGAUCAGCUUUAGUGGGCGGUGUGAUGAAGCUACCAUGUUGUCCGGGGUCUACGUGUACCCUCAUGGGUUCCAGAUUCCUCUGCGCUAACGACAAAGAGCUUUAUGCAAGAUUUGGUGAAGGAAAUGAACCGGAGGUGAUCAAUCUGGAUGAAGAUGAGUUGGCCGAAUUGGGCGACGUCCUGGGGGGUUAAGUGACUCUUGUUUUGUGUUGUUCUCCACAUUCCUCAAUAGGCAUAACCCAACCACCCAAAGAUAAUAAAGAAAGUUUGUUGGAUC